UGCUGGAGGGGAGAGAGGACUUGGUCCAGCAUCUCUGGAACAACGGAGCGGAGCGAAUGACAGAGAGACACACUCGCCGUCCUCAUCAGCGAAAUGAGGAGGAAUUAGCUCACACAAAUGCCCCGACUGGAUUUUUAUAGACUGACACUGCUCGUCUGAUCUGACUUUGUUCCAUCAAUGAGAUAUGUGGAGAGGCUCUACCGCGCGGUGCUAACGCUGAAAAACACAAGAUGAAGAAGCAGUUCAACCGAAUGAGACAGCUCGCCAACCAAACAGUGGGCAGGGCUGAAAAGACAGAAGUAUUAAGUGACGACCUGCUGCAGGUGGAAAAACGUCUGGAGCUGGUCAAGCAGGUCUCCCACAGCACACACAAGAAGUUGACCGCUUGUCUGCAGGGCCAGCAGGGUGUGGAUGUGGAGAAGAAGUCUGUCAGGUCGCCCUCGAAAAAGCUCCCCCUCACAACACUAGCACAAUGUAUGGUAGACGGCGCGGCGGUGCUUGGAGACGAGUCUCUACUAGGGAAGAUGCUGAAACUCUGCGGCGAUACGCAGGAAAGACUCGCUCAGGAGCUCAUCGAGUUCGAGGUCACCAUAGAAAGAGAUGUCAUCGAGCCCCUGUACGAUCUGGCAGAGGUGGAAAUCCCAAACAUCCAGAAACAAAGGAAACAUUUAGCAAAACUGGUCUUGGACAUGGACUCUGCACGCACACGAUUUUAUCAAUCCUCCAAGUCUUCAGGACUGUCCACCAACCUGCAGCCAACAGGAGCCAAGGCCGACCAUCUCAGGGAGGAGAUGGAGGAGGCAGCCAACCGCAUGGAGAUCUGUCGAGAUCAGUUAUCGGCAGACAUGUACAGUUUUGUGGCCAAAGAAAUUGACUAUGCAAGCUAUUUCCAGACACUGAUAGAAGUCCAGGCGGAGUACCACAGGAAGUCAUUAGAGCUGCUUCAGGCUGUUCUGCCCCAGAUCAAAGCUCAUCAGGAGACCUGGGUGGAGAAACCAUGCUAUGGGAAACCAUUAGAGGAGCACUUAGCACUCAGUGGGAGAGAUAUUGCCUUCCCCAUCGAGGCCUGUGUCACGAUGCUGCUGGAGUGCGGCAUGCAGGAAGAGGGUUUAUUCAGAAUCGCUCCUUCAGCCUCCAAACUAAAGAAGCUGAAGGCGUCUUUAGACUGUGGAGUGUUAGAUGUACAAGAGUACUCUGCGGACCCACACGCCAUCGCGGGUGCAUUAAAGUCCUACCUGCGGGAGCUCCCCGAGCCUUUAAUGACAUAUGAACUUUACAACGACUGGAUCCAGGCCUCCAACGUUCAAGAUCAAGACAAGAGACUUCAGGUUCUGCUCGGUGCCUGUGAGAAACUACCAAAAGCCAACAACGACAACUUUAAGUAUUUGAUCAAAUUUCUCUCCAAACUGAGUACUGAGUACCAGGAUGUGAACAAGAUGACACCUGGAAACAUUGCCAUAGUCCUUGGACCCAACCUGCUGUGGACACAUAAUGAGGGCAGCGACAUCACCGAGAUGAUGACAACAGUUUCCUUGCAGAUCGUCGGCAUCAUCGAGCCCAUCAUCCAACACGCUGACUGGUUUUUCCCUGGAGAAAUCGAGUUCAAUGUCACAGGAAAUUAUGGAAGCCCCGUCCACACCAACCACAACGCCAACUAUAGCUCCAUGCCGUCUCCAGACAUGGAGCAGAUGGAUCGCAGACAGAACGACCACAGCCGACGGCCACUCAGCGUCGCCACAGACAACAUGAUGCUGGAGUUCUAUAAGAAGGAUGGCAUUAGGAAGAUACAAAGCAUGGGUGUCAGGGUGAUGGAUACUUCUUGGGUGUCACGCAGGGGCUCGUCGUCUGCGCGUAAAACCUCUUCCACGCCACCGAGCGUGCACCCCCCUGUCCCACCCACUGACGCUCUCAUCCCCGAGCAGCCUGGGGAAUUCUCCGCCUCCCCCUCCCCCACCCCUCCUCCCACUAGCAGCGACCGAGCCAGCUCAGAUGAUGCAUCCUCCAAUUGGUCGGACUCCUGUUACGCCUACCCCUCCCCUGAGGAGGAAAAGCCACCUCCCCCUUAUCCAUCUUCUUCAUCCUCUUCCUCCUCCUCUUGCUCUUCCUACUCACUCCCUCACCACCAUUUCUUCAACCGAGCACCUCCGGGUAUGCGUCCUGUUGCUCCUAGCCCUGAAUUUGUGCCUCCCGGCCUGUCCCCUCCCCUCCGCUGCUCUGGCUACAGCCCACCCCCACUCACCCACUCUCUUUGCCCUUCCCCUCAGCAGCUUGAUGUCAACUCCAACCCCAGCUCCCUGCACCUUCCCAAACAGGCCGCCCUGUCCGAUGCUCUGCAUGCGUCCCUGUCUGAAACGAAUGGCUCCACCCUUUACAUCAAGCCCCCGCUCGUUCUUACUCGUCACGAUCUGUUCCUAGGCUCCCCCAAACCUCCCAACACCCCACUAUCCGCUCCCCCUCCAUGGGCAGCGUGUGCCUGUAGCCGAGAGAGAGGAGCCAAGCUGACUAGCACUCUGAAGAACAAGGAGCUGUCCCCAGUGAUUGGACAGAAGGGAAUCCAGGGAACAGUGACCUCCGGUGGACAGUCUCAACACUCUGAGCACAGCCCACACUCCCUGAGGAGAGGUGUCUCCACAGCAAAGAAACUGGCUCCAACCCCACCUAAAGGCCCUUACUGUCAGACUGGAGCCAUGUCUGACCACUCGACAGGUCAGCCGUCUCCAGUCAGUCUGUCGCCCACUCCCCCCAGCACCCCCUCCCCGUACGGCUUCACCUACCCCCAGGGAUACGCCACCAUCGGCUCCCCGGGUCAGGUUCAGACAGCCACCAUGCCUUCCCUCUCCUCUCCACCUUCACUGGCCGGGACUCUUACGAAGGCCAGGCCAACUCCCAAGCCGCCUCGCCAGCGGCCCAGCUUACCUCCUCCUCAGCCCCCCUCCACCCCUGGCACCAGUCCACAGCCACUGGAGAAUUCACCAGGUCUCCUGGAUGGUUUGUCUUCUGGAGAAAGCAUGUCCACAGAUUCUCUCUGCAACCUGGACAUCCCCGUCAUUAACAUGGAACUGGACGGUAUUUUUGACUUGCCCCACAUCUCCUCCUUCAGGAACUCGACAGCGCUGCUUGAAUUCACCAGAAACAGAGCGGAGUCGGAGGAAGAGUCUGAAAGCACAGUGCUAUGAUGCCACCGAUUCCCACCCCCAACCCCUUCCACAGACCCACCGGCUGAUGUAAUGAAACACAAUGCUACUGAUGUCACUCAGAAACCCCCCUCAUUGAACUUUUACCUCUCCAGCUGUUUCUCAUCACACCUCACCUGUAAGAAGUAGAAUAAAAAAAAGAGAACAACGUGAAUAUAGCUAAAAGAAAUAUCCAUAGUCACAAUCACAUGAGGUGUUGGUGACACUGUGGUCCGGGGACUUUUUACCUUGUUUGUUUUAACUUAAGCGUUUGUGUUUGUUUGUUUUUCGCCUUAUUUGAUUCACUUGAAACAUUGCCUUUAGUGUCACACACACACACACACGAGACAGGAAACAGGCAGCUGGGAGGAAUGAGUGCUCUUUGCUGCUGCCACGUCCGCUUCUCAUGAGAGACUUUUUGACAGAAGAGCAACACGGUACUGUACAUCUGUCCUGCCAAUACCAUAGGCUGUCUUCUUCUUUCUUCCUCCUUCAUUCCUCAGGGGCAUCCGUUGAAAUGUCUUGCUCUGCCAUGCAGUGGCCACAACCCAGAAUUUCUGUUUCACUUGAGCUUGCACUGUGAGUAUGUCAUUUUGUGUGUGUGUGUGUGUGUGUGUGUGUGUGUGUGUGUGUGUGUGUGUGUGUGUGUGUGUGUGCGUGCGUGCGUGCGUGCGCGUGCGUAUGUGUAUUUUGUUAGUGUGUGAUUCAAGUGGUAAAUCUACGAUAUGAUGUUGCACUGCUGGUGUCAUGGAGCAUAAAACAACGCAUGUUUUAGCUACUUAGGAAAACAACCAACAGAUUGCAAAGAGGUUUAAAUGUGCAGUCAUCUCUGUAUUUACACGGCAUCCGAUGAUCACUCACUCACUGAGUAUUUACUGUUUAUACUGGAGUAACUAUACUCGUUAACGUUAUAAAUCAAGUCAGAUGAUAUUUUGUACCCACAGGAGAGCCAUAAAGAUUACACUUCAUUCAGAUAGAAUAUAAUCAUCACGGCUAUAGGGAGCUAUUAAAUGUAUGAGAUAGAAACAGUUUAUGAAAGGAAGCCUAAAACAAAUACUUACAUAAUCCCUGUGAUUAAUCACAAUUAUAUUUGGCAGCAAGGAAAGUUACACAGAUUUUUUUUCUGUGUCAAACAAGGUUUAAUUUCAUAUUCAAGAAAGAAAACAGGGCCUGGACUGUGCCACCAGGACUUUUAAAUCAAAUUAGGAGUUUAAAGUGAUCACAAAAUAGUAAAACAUGUCUUUACAGACUCAGUUUUUAACUUCCAUGUCUAAAAUGAAAUGAUAAAGUCCUCAUUUAAAGACAGACUAAGAGUAAGGAUGUUUGUUUUUAUCUAUCCAUUCCUAUUUAAACCUGAAUUGAUUUGUUUUGUUUUUGGCUAUUAAUGUGCAGCCUGAUCUGUAAACCAUCACUUUUGCAUACAUACUAACAAACGUGUUUGCAGACUCUUUACACAUCCAACACAUACAGUCUACAUACAAGUAUGGGUUGUAAAGCCACACGAGGGAGCUAAAAGACACAUAACGCUUUUUCAAACAUUGAUUAUAGCUGCACUAAAUGUUAUUAAAUGAGUUUUUUAAUGACCAAAAAUGUAAUUAUUAUCAUUUCAAUGACUAAAUGUCUAUAAGCACUCUGGUGGCACACUUUAGGCUCAGUGUAGGAGAAUUUUUGCCUGAGCCACAAGAAUUAGUCCUCAUGCCCUGAGGUAUCAUGUCCUCUAACAAUAAAAAAGGACCACUGUUUAGACUAACUCCUAGAAAAACUGUGUUAUUUCUGUCUCAAACAAAGCCCUGCAGCUCCAGUGGUAACAUAAGCACACUUUUCUCUGACAGUGCAGUUUCACUUUCAGCCCCACUGCAGUUUCUAGGAGCCGACGAUGCCGAUAUUUUUGGACUGCACUCGUGAAAACCGGAGGCAAGGAGUGCAAAUAAUGUAUAUGUGUGUAUAUGUGUGUUUAUUUUGACGAGAGUAUUUAUACGGAUAUAUUUCUGAAUACUUUGUACUGGGGUCUGAGUUAGUUGUGACGUUGUGUUUCCACCACGCGUGAAUCUGACCUGAGGAGAGCGUUCAAACACAGGGACCAGACUUUUCAGACCCUGCUGUCGCAUCAAAACCUUUUCAGGAAGCAUUGAAAUGGAGAAACCAGGUUUGCAUACGACAGCAGCAGCAGCAGCAGGUUGUUGUUUGCCUUGAAGUGUGUUUCGUUUUGUGACUUGUCCAGAUUUGUAACUAUCGUCCUGAGAACAUCCACCGUCCUCUUUGUUUUGAAACUGUAAUAAUGUUGUAAAUACUCAACCUCUGUACAUACAGUACAUGUUCUGUACAUACUGAAAGGGGGACAUUUAAAUAUACAUAUAUAUAUACAGAGAGAGAAGAGGGAAAUAGAUAUAUACAAAUGCUGUAUUAAAAACUAUAGUUGAAUACAGAACAGUAUAACAUACUGUACAUAUAAUAUAUUGUUGCUGGUUAUAGCAAAGUCAUGCCACAUAAAUAACACUCAAUAACAAUAGAAUACGCACAGUAACACACUUGUUUUUUUUUUUUUACAAUAGAUCUCAUGGCACUGACGUAAGCUCCAGGUUAAAUCUAGUUUGUAGAUUUUCAAAAUAAAACAGCUGACAGUGGCUGUGCUGCAGGCGGACAUCGUUAUGUGUCUCCAUCGUGUUUGACAUGACAGCUGGCUUUAACACACUGAUGUCUGUUGUAUAAAAUACGUUUGUGCAUACAAAAAAGGUUUUAAAAGAAGAAAAAUCACCAAAUUCAAAAGCUUUUUUUUUUGCCUCUUCUGCAAUUUAAAGCAGCUGUUAGUGAUUUUUCCAACAUUUUCUGUUACAUAGGACAGAGAAAAAAAGUAAAUCUGCACAGAACUGGAGCUGUUUCAGCUACUCCACUCCAUAGUUCACAUUAGUACAGCUUAAAAUUAGUAUCAGUACCAGUUUCAUUUUAAUAUUUAAUUAAAAGACUACAUGCAAACCUCAAA